AUGGACGUCGUUCGUAAAUUAGCCAAAGCUUUAGCCUCUAACCAAGAUAAAGUGAGGCGAAAAGCACAGAAGCAAGUAAAAAUACUUCUUUCGAAGCACUCACCUAAUGGAAAAGAUGACUGGAAUUACAAACAGUUGUUAGGCAUUUGCAAAGGUCUUCAUUAUAGUUUAUGGAUGCAGGACAAGUUGCUACUGAAGGAACAAACGGUAGUCCGUUUAUGCAACAUACUACCAAGUAUUGGGGACAACACAGUUACACUGUAUUAUUCUUAUGCCAUGUUUGAAACAUUGGCAAAAGAGUGGGAUAACUUAGAUUACUGGAGGACAGACAAGUUUAUGCUCCUCGCACGGGAAUUUUUUGCAAGAGGUCUUCAGUUUAUUUCCUGUAAAAAACCUGAGAUUUUACCUUCUUUCGUGGAGGCCAUUUUCACCAAAAUAUUGAAUAAUGACAAAGACCAUGCUGUCGGUCUAAAAAUACACUUCUGUACUCUAAUAGGUGAAGAACUUCAAAAAAAGAACAUAAAAAUGUCUUCUGUGCAGUUAAUCUUCCAGUAUCUCCUGGUUUUAUUAGCUUCCUUACCGAAGCACAACAUGUAUGCCCACAGUGUUCUAUCUUUGAUUACUGCAAUAACAAAGCUUAUUCAAAGGCGCCCGAAAUUUUACUUAGAUGGUAUUAUGAAAUGUCUUGAGGAUAUUUUAGGCAAACAGUGCUCCUACAAAAAUGCUCUAAAACGAGUCAACACAAAUUUAAAAAGAACUCUUGCAAAUCGAGAAGCUGCAUUGAAGGUGUCAGAUGAACAGGUUUUAACGCCAUGCACACGAUCGUUACCUGAGACGACAAAUAUCAUAUCCAGUCGUGAGAACGUAAAUGGAGAAAGCGGUUUAUCAGAACCUAAGAUCCGAAAGAAAAAAACUUCAAAGGUUUUGACGAAGAAAAAAAAGGUUACAGAAAAACAUCUACAUACCGAUACCCCUAAACCUGUAAAUAUAGAAGAGUCUAGCAAGGAAGUUGAUAUUUUUAUGGAAGAGUCACAUCCAAAAAGAAUGAAGUUUGAUUUAUCCACGGAAUCUGUUGAUAAAUCCACAACAGCUCCAUGCGUAGUUCCUGAUUCUCCGUGCCUUUUUUCUAUAUGCGAUGAUGAGUCCAAACCAAACGUAGAUCAUUUUGUAUCCCCUAGUGUUUCUAUAAGUGGCGAUCCUGCGUCUGAAGAAAAGCGUACUCCAAAUACUCCACUUUCUUCCGAAAGACGUGUGUCUUUUGGGAAGGUGUUUCGUAAGAAAUUUAACUCAGCUCGUUGUAUUUCCCUCACCCCACCGGUUAGUGUUAUCCCAGCUAAGGGGAUUUUAAGAAGUAACAAAUCCACCGCUGAUGAAGCAAAAGUUAACGUUUCAUUCUAA